GUUAAGCCCCACUUAUUUUCUCACACUCUAUCUCUGUCGCCCUAUUCAUCAGACAACGGACCCCCGGGCUCUCAUUGUUGAGGGUUUUCUCUCUCUUCAUCGUCUCAAAGUGUUUUUUUUUUUCUGGAUUGAGCUUGUUUGCUGGAAGAGUUUCAAACGGGUUCUCUUGGAAAUACAAGGCAUUAAGGCAACUUGGACUACAGUUUUAUGGGAAUAAUCCAGUGCACUUCAGAGCAUAAAUAGUUCUGGAAAUAAUGGGUGAUGAAAAUUUUAAUGAGACUAACCUGACUGAGAAACUGUCUAAACUCAACAGUUCUCAGCAAAGCAUUGAGUCUUUGUCCCGGUGGUGCAUUUCUCAUCGUAAAAAGGCUAAGCAAGUUGUUGAAACAUGGGAGAAGUUAUUUAAAGCAGCGCCAAAUGAACAACGUGUUUCCUUUUUAUACUUGUCCAAUGACAUCCUGCAAAAUAGCAGGCGCAAGGGCAGUGAAUUUGUCAAUGAGUUCUGGAAGGUUCUUCCAACAGCUGUUAAGAUUGUUUAUGAAAGUAGCAAUGAAAAUUGCAGGAAAGUUGCCUUCAGACUGGUUGACAUCUGGGAAGAAAGAAAGGUUUUUGGAUCUAGGGGACAAAAUUUGAAAAAUGAAUUGCUGGGGAAGAAUCCUUCUCCUGUCAACAAUGAGAAGAUUGUAGUUCCUAAUCCUAUUAAGGUGGUGAAGAGAGAUGCAACAUCUGUCAGAAUCAAAAUAGCUGUGGGAGGUUUGCCAGAAAAAAUUUUAACCGCGUUGCAGUUAGUACAUGAUGAAGCUGCCAACGAAGAAGCAGCGUUAGACAAAUUUCAAAAAGCGAUUUCUUCUGUACAAGAAAUCGAGAAAGAUAUUCUAUAUGCUUCUUCUCAAGGAAACCUCAAUGGUUCAGAUGUUGUUGAUAAUUUAGAGAGACAGGAGAAUGUUGUUAAACAAUGCAUUGAUGAACUUGAAAAGUCUGAAGCAGUUAGAGCUGACCUUAUUUCUCAGCUUAGAGAAGCACUUCAGGAUCAAGAAACAAAGCUGGAGCGGGUUCGAAGUGAGAUAUCUGUUGCUCGCAGCCAAAUUGAGCAAACAGCUAAUAUCAGACUCCAGCUAGCAUCAAACUCCUCCAUGCCAAAUCCGGGAAACCAAGUGGUGAUCGAACCCUCUUUUUCUACUGCCAUUUCAGCAACCAACGUUACGGUGCCUCCUCCUACCAAUCCAUUGACUUCAUUUGUGAACCCCACCGUGGAGGAGAGCAAGAAGGCUGCAGCUGCAGCAGUUGCUGCGAAACUAGCUGCCUCAACAUCUUCUGCCCAGAUGCUCACAUCUAUUCUUUCAUCGCUCGUAGCAGAAGAGGCUGCAUCGAUGAGCAGUGGCUUGAAACGGCAGAAGCUGGAGCCGCCGAUGUCAUUUUCUGAUGGGAAGAAUCCCGAAGGAGCGAAUUCAACCUAUUUUCCCUCUUCACAGCAGGCAAUGACCAGUAUGCCACCCGUUCAGUCCAGCACUGCACAGAGUGGUUCUCAGGUGAACCAACUGCAGGUUCCGUUUCUUCCACCGCCUCCGCCUCCGCCUCCGCCUCCGCUGCCCUACGGUUACGGUGCAAACAACCUACUCCCUCCACCGCUCUCAAAUGCACCAACAGGGUUUGCUAGGCCGAACCCUCCUCAGCAAACACAGCAGCAGCCACAAUCACAGCAGCCAGCAAGUGGUGGAUACUACAGGCCCCCUGGUAUCGGAUUCUAUGGGCAAAGCCACCAGCCGCCGACUCCUCCCAUACAUCGACAAUGAGCUUCUACUGGUAAAAGGCGGACCUUGUGUUAUUUUUGUAUAUUAAUAGGGCAGUAAACCAUGACUAAGGACCUUCUCGACAGCUAUAUCAUAGUGUACUAUCCUUCGGUCCGUGCCCUACCAUGUUGUUGCUAUCAGGUUGCAUCGGAUUUUUUACGCGGCAUGGGUUGUGGUACUUGUAGCUCAUAUAAGCUAAUGUAGAAUUGCUGAGUAAUUUAGUCACAGAUGGACUAAAAGUCCCAAGAAUCUUCACCCUCUUUUGUUUCUACUCCCUUGCUCAUAUUACUAUGUAUUUUAUCUUUUUAUGUAUGUGCAGCGAUGGUGGAUCUAUGAUCUA